AUGUGGGCGGAUGCGCCGGCGCGCAUGUGCGUCAAGCCGUGUGCGUGCAUAAAUGAACUUGCGCGACAAAACGCCACGUAUUACAAACCGGCCGAUUCAGCUGAUCGUCUGCGACUCGUCAAGAUGACUGCGCUGACGCCCGUUACCACGCUUCGUUCACUCAACGGCGAGACGGCCGCCGCCACCAUCGAUCCAGAGGUCUACAUAACCACAAAUGGCAGGGAGCGGCAGCACAAUCUAAAGGUUCUGAACUUACUACAAGCCUCGUUUACGAAUGAGACCAAGGAUCAACAGUUCCUCGAUCUGGGUUGCGGCACUGGAGACUUCACGCGCGACCACCUCCUUCCACGCUGCCCAGACGUCGAACGAAUCGUAGCCGUCGACGUUUCACAGGACAUGCUGGAGUAUGCUAAGGAGCAUUUCGCCCACUCCAAGAUCUGCUAUGAUGUCCUGGACAUUUCGGGGAACGGUGUCGCCGACUUUGUUCAGCGAUACGGUCAGUUUGAUCGUGUCUAUUCGUUCUUCUGUCUAAACUGGCUUGUGGAUCAAGAAAAAGGGUUUGACAACAUUGCCGAAUUGAUGAAACCUGGCGGAGGAUGUCUGCUUUUCUUCGCUGCUUCCAGUAACGAUAUGCGCCUGAGAAGCAGACUCGCAACGAUAACUAACUGGCAGAAAUACAGAAAGGCGUUGGAAAAUACCAUUCCCCCGAGCGCAAAUCUCAAGGAUCGAGACGCCCUUCUGGUGUACAUGAGGAACCUUCUGAAGAAGACUUGUCUAACUGUGACCACGUGCGAAGUGUUGGAAGUGGCGUGCACCUUCUCCUGCGUUGAGGAAUUGACAGAUAGACUGAUGGAAAUGUGCUACCUUUCCACCCUGGUAACGGAUGAAGAGAAGCCCCUCCUCCUCGAGCACGUUGCCCAGUACGCGGCCGAGUCGUGGAGUGGAGAAGGGACCAGUCGCCCGCACUUAAGCUGCAAAAUGUUUCUAGUGCGCGCCGACAAACCUUAACGCUAAGCGGUGUGUCCGAUACUGCCACGGACGUGAUGCAACGCA